AUGAGAAUCCAAGCUCUAAGUGUUUGGGCCACCCUGCUAAAGUUGCUUGCUUUCGGUUAUGCAGUGUCUUAUGAUGACUUUGCAUUCCCUAAUGACCAAUCGCUGCUUCAUAACUACAGUCGUUCAAACGAAAUAGAAAAACAUUGCACCACUUAUAUAUCAUUGGCUUCUGAGUUAAAACCCGAUGAUGAUAAUAGUAAUAGGGUUUCUAUGCUUAAAAAUGAACUUUCUUUCUUUAAUGGAGAUUGGGAGCAGGAUUCUCACGGGGCAACUUUGAUGCCCUUUGAUGAUAGCGAUAUGCCACAUUCCCCGUCAUCCUUCAUCUCCCCAUUGAAAAUUGUGAGCUUUGAGGUUCAAAAUGUUAGUUCGAGUGCACCUAACCAGCCCAUGAACACUGUAAGCAUCAGCGGCGUUCUCUCUAUUGGUAUAACCAGAAAUAGCACGGUAAUUUCUGAACCAGGCUUGAAGUUUCACAAGACUCCUGGUAUGUCUGCUCUUAGAGUUGACUUUGAAGGUGUUUAUCUUGAAACAGAAGGUAAUGGAGGUGAUCGUCUAAUUUGUUUAUUGGGAAAUUCGACCUUUCCAUUUAAGAAAGUUUCAACCCGAUUCUCAGAUGAAUAUAUGACAUCAUAUAUCUCUGAUAUAGACACAACAUACAAUGAAGAGCCUGUCAUCUUGCACCCAAAUGACCAGAUAUUGCUUGUUCUCAAAUACCCAAAAAACGUCUCUGUAUCCACUAGCCGAAUCCAUGGAGAAAUGACGAGUUUGAACAAAAAGGAAGAUUUUGAGUACUUUGAUAAGGUUUGCAUUACUUCACAGUUAGGUAUCCUUCCAGAAUCCUAUACUAGUAGUUCUGAUGAGCUCAACUUGGAAUUCGAUCAAAAUCCACUCGAAGAUGCAAUUUUAGAAGAUCGUGUCAACAAAUUUAACAACUCAGAGUUGUGUAGGAUUCUCAAGUAUUUUGAACUCCAGGCGUAUAGAGUUAUGCCAAAUCUGAAACUUGGUGGUCAAAAUGGGUUCCAGGACACAGUUGGCCCGUUUCUUCUCAGGAACGAGAUUAAGCUUGUUGAUAGGAACAACGAGAAUCUUAGAGUUAUCUUUCACAAAAUCAUAUGCAAGAAACAGAUGGUCUCUGGGGUGUUAAGACUGUACCCUGCAAAUAUAGAACCACAUGUGGCAGCACGUAGAACGGGUCUAUCUACAUUGACUCUAUCAGUUAGAGGAACAUGGAGUUCCUCUACUGGAAUCCUCUCUAUGACAGGAUGUCUUGGUCCAGAUCUCGUGAAAUGUGACACGGGGGUAAUACUUUACCUUCCCAAGUUUUUCUCAAGCAAGCAAAGAAGUGUAGUUUCUGGAUGCAUAUUUAGUUUGAAAAAUGAAGCAAAAGCAUUUCACCCAGUGUUCAUUGGACUCGAGAUGCUUUCCCCUGGAUUAUUUAAUGGUGGUUCGUAUCGUAGUGAUUAUCUUUCGUACAACUACUCAAAGAGUGGUUUGGCCAUCGAGUUUAAAGAAAGAAUUCAAGAACCUCGUUUGAUAACUUACAUCAGAGGAUUGUUUUUAAGUUAUCCUGUCCUUGGGGAAGAAAAAGAUGAAACCUUUAAUAUAUCAAAUCGCCUCUCAGAUGAUCUAAAGAUUGACACUUUUUCAAGCCCAGAAACUUUUGUUAGAAUAGAAGUUCUAUCAUCAGGCCCCUUAUUCAGAACAAAUGACAGCCUUUUCUAUGAAGUUUCUAACCAUGAAGUACUCAAUAUAUCACUGAAUCUCCAGUUGAUAGAAAAUCCGUAUAAACAGCAUGAAGCUUCCUACCGACACGUCUCAAAGUUAUAUCUUGAGGGUGUAUAUGAUCAGCGCGUAGGUAAGCUUUAUCUAAUUGGCUGCAGGAAAGUAGACUAUGAUCAUGUGGAUCUUGAAAGAGGACUAGAUUGUAAGAUUGAAGUUACCAUCCAGUACUCUGCUGUAAACACAAGAUGGUUGAUUAAUCCAACUGCAAAAAUCACCAUUUUUAGCCAAAGAAACGAUACUGACAUUUACCAGUUCAAGACAGUACAAUUGCAUACCUUCAUGAUUCAUGACAAACAUCAUGAACAAAAUGUCAUCUUUCGUAAAAUCUUAGAAGGGUAUUUUCGGGUUGUUAUUGUUAUGGUCUACAUUGCCCACAUAUUGAACCAAAUGAAGCACAUGAAGAAAUCAAGUGAGUCAGUUCCUUAUAUAUCUCUUCUCAUGUUAGCCUUGUGGAUAAUUGGAUAUGGAAUUACCUUGAUUUAUAGCAAAGAAGUUAUAAUCAAGUCAUCAGAAUCUCAGCAUUACAUGAACCGGCCUUAUGAUCAUCAAAGCUACAAACGAUAUCUAGACAUACUUGAUUAUCUUGCAAGAUUUCUAAUUCUUGUUACUAUGAUCCUCAUGGCCAGGAUCGGUCAAACAGUGUUGAAAUCUAGGAAAGUACUUAGUGAAAGAGGUGAACCGAGUCCAAGUGAGAAGAAGGUCAUUCUGGUUUGUUUUAUCAUCUACGUGUGUUAUUUUCUCCUCACGCUGAUUCCAAAUGGUAUCUCUGUCUAUCUAGGCGAAGUUACCUACACGAAAGAUGUUUAUUUGAGAUUGGUAAUGCAGGUAUUUUGGCUAACAGUUCAUGAUAUUCAAGAUUUCUUCUUGGUAGCCCAAAUAAUCGCGUUUCGUAUAUGGAAGCCUAGUCUUACUGGUCCUUUAUUUAGGAUUUCUGCCAUCCGCAUAGGGAUACUGAUGUUAAUUCGGUUUGUGUAUGAAGUUGUUAGAGAUCCAGUUACUUAUCCUGCUUGA